CUUCUCUUCUUUCUCUACUUAUUUUUUAUAACAUGGCCAAGAAAGCAAAGGCAAGAGUUAUUCUCGUCAAGUUAUUGUCUACUGCCGGUACUGGAUACAAUUAUAUCAAGAGCCGUCCUAGAAUUUCUCCCAAGUUGUCUUUGAUGAAGUACGAUCCUCAAGGUAACAAACUACUACUCUUUAUUGUUAUAUGCUUAUAUCUUUUUUAUAGUGAAGCAACAUGUCUUGUUUACGGAAACAAAAAUGAAGAAAUAAGAACCAAAAAGCAAAAGCCUAUUGAUAUGUAUAUAGAAUGUUUAUCAACAUAUAAUAAUAAAAAAAAAAAGAGGGGGCUUUAUGCAAAUCAUGUAUCAAUUCAGGAAUGCAAGUUGAUACAAUUGUUGUCAUUAUAUAAAGAUUCGUCUUAUGCAAUCUUACAGGAGAGGAACAAGGAGGUAAAUUGAAGAAAGGAAAAGCAACAACAACAACGACAAAAAGAGCAACAUGGUUGUCACUAUUGUUUCAUUCUUUAACAAGCACAAAGUUCAUUAUAGGGUAUUGUAUUGAACUCAAAAAGGGAGAAUGAAAGGAUAUCCAUAGAUCAUAGUGCAUAGUAGAUAUCGCCUCCUAUUCUACAGUGUAGAUAUAAAAGAAAGGGAAAGAGAAAGAAGUCAGUCAAUCUAUUCCUCUGCUUCUAUAUUUCUAUUAUGUUAUUGAUUCAUACAGCACUUGCUUCUGUUCUUGCGUUGUCCAUUGAGGCAGCUUCUCUUGCUUAUGAUAAGCAAUACAACAGAAUAAAAAAUACAUGCAGACCUCGUAAUAAAGAAGCACAGCACAUAAUAGACACAUUCAAAUUCGCUUAUGAUGGAUAUAAACAGUAUGCUUUUGGUCAUGAUGAAUUGUUGCCAGUGAGUGCAAGUUAUUCUGAUUCAAG